UUUAUAUCUCUACAUGUCUUUAACAUCGAAACUUUUAUAAUACACACACGCGUUCUAAAUUAAAAAGUUAUUAUGAAUACAUAUCAGGUUUUGAACUUUGAAUCAGAAUUAGUCAAACGUAGACUUUUUCUGAUUUCACUCUUGAUCAUUCUCUUGGGAUUAUUAGUUUAAAUAUUUCAUCAUUUAUUUCACAAGAAUAAUAUUAUACAUAGUUUCGAUCAAUAUGGCAGAUUUGUUUCUUGGAGCAGCAAUAGGACCACCCUUUCAAAUAUUGUUCGACUGUUUGGUAAAAGUCCCAAUAGAAAAAGCUGUAAUGUUCAAAGGCAUGAUCAUCAAGAUCAAGCAAAAAGUCCAAGCUAUGAACCCUUUAAUCAACCAAAUAGUAGAGUCUAAUAUGGCUCUGGAUAGGCAAAAAUCUGAGAUGGAAGAGUUUGUACUCAAAAUGGUGAAAGGGAAGGAGUUAGUUGAGAAAUGUGACAAGUAUAGUAAUUGGAAAUACAUGUGGAAAAGACAUGGCUAUACUACCAAGCUUCAGGAUUUGGAUGAGUCUCUUGACCGUUUGCUCAGGAUUUUACCUCUUUUGAUAGCCAGAACUACCAAUGAGACUCAUAUGUUGGUGAAGGAAAUCCAUGCCAGCACUGUUGGAGGAACAAGCCAAGGGAAUUUAAGACAGAUUGAGGUGAAGGGUUCUUGUAAUGUUCCUGAACCACCAGACUUUACUGUUGGUUUGAGUGACUCUCUUGAGGUGUUGAAGAUGAAGCUUUUAAGAGUUGAUGAUGUUAUGACUGAACCAAUCUUGGUUACUGCUCCUCCAGGGUGUGGGAAGACCACUUUGAUUAAAAAGCUAUGCAAUGAUGAUCAAAUCAAAGAGAAAUUCAAGACCAACAUCUUGUUUGUAACAGUAGCAAAGAAUCCCAACUUGGGUCUUAUUGUUCAAGAACUUUAUCAGCACAAAGGCUAUUCUGUAUCUAAUUUCAAAGACAACAAAGAUUCAGAACUCAAAUUGGAAGAGCUCUUGAGAGAAAUUGGAAAAGAGCCUGUAUUGUUAGUACUUGAUGAUGUUUGGUCUGGAACAGAGUCCCUUGUUGAAAAGUUUGUUUUCCAAAUACCUGAUUACAAGAUUUUGGUGACAUCAAGGUAUCCAUUUCCAAGAUUUAAGCAUCAAUAUGAAAUGAAACAACUGAGUGAUGAAGAUGCAAAGGCUAUUUUCUUGCAUUAUGCCACGUUCGAAGAUGAAAAUGCAGCCAUUCCAAAUGAUCUACUGAAAAAGGCAGUGGAUUAUUGUAAGAGAGUUCCUAUUGCACUUAAACUGAUUGGCUCAUCAUUAAGGGGGCAGGACCCCCGAUUUUGGCAUAGACAGCUUAAGAAAUGGUCCACAGAUGACUCAUCUAUUCUCAGUUCUGAGAGUGAUCUUCUUUCUUGUUUGCAAACCAUCUUAGAUGUCUUGGAUGAGAAGCAUGCUAUUCUCAAGGAAUGUUUCAUGGAUAUUGGUUUGUUCCCUGAACUCAGAAGAAUCCCUGCAACUGCUCUCAUUGAUAUUUUUGCAGAAUUGUAUGGAGUAACAGAAGAUGAUGCCAUCACUAACCUUUAUGAGCUUCGUGAUCGAAAUCUUGCAAAUAUUGUUGUGACAAGAAAAGAUGCAGAUGAAAUAGAUGAUUACUACAGUGAACACUUUGUUACUCAGCAUGGUAUGCUUAGAGAGCUAGCUUUACACCAAAGCAAGCAAGAUCCAUUAGAAAAGAGGAAAAGAAUGAUUGUAGAAAUAGCUGGAGAAAAUCUUCCUCAGUGGUGGAAAAAACAAAUUGAUCAGCCUUUCAAUGCCCACUUAGUAGCUUUUUCAACUGAUGAAUCAUUUACAUCGAAUUGGUGUGACAUCAAAGUACCUGAAGCAAAAGUUCUAGUUCUGAAUUUUCAAACCAAGACUCAUGCCUUGCCAGAGUUUGUGAAACACAUGAGCAAACUAAAGGUUCUAAUAAUCACAAACUACAGCUUCUUACCAGCUCAAUUAACCAACUUUGAGAUACUUGACACCUUAACCAAUCUGACUCGAAUCAGACUAGAGCGCAUUUCGAUUCCAUCCCUGAAAGAAACUCACAUUGUACUGAAGAAACUGCAGAAAUUAUCUCUCUUCAUGUGUGAAAUUGGGCAAGCCUUCAGUUGUAUCAAGAUAUCAGAAGUGUUUCCAAAUCUAGAAGAAAUUAACUUUGACUAUUGCAAUGAUUUGGAGACACUGUCUGAUGGGUUCUGUGAUCUAAUCAAGCUGAAGAAGCUGAGCAUAACACAUUGUCAUGAUCUGUCUUCACUGCCUGAUGACAUGGGGAACUUGGUCAAUCUACAAGUGUUGAGGCUAAGAUCUUGUAUUGAGUUAGAAAAGUUACCAGACUCCAUCUGCACCCUAUCCAAGCUAACAUUUCUUGACAUAUCAGACUGCAUCAGCAUUCGAAACUUGCCUGAAAACAUCGGUCAGCUACGCAGUUUAAGGAAUUUAAACAUGAAAAACUGUUGGAGAUUGGUGGAGUUGCCUUCAUCAGUUCUUGACUUUCAACAGCUUAAAGAUGUGGUGUGUGAUGAGGUGUUAAAACAAGUAUGGGAAUUUUAUUUGCCUGCUGAUGCCAAUAUUGAGCUUAGGUUGGCCAAGGAUGAUGUUAACUUAUAUUGGCUUGACUCAUGAUGACAUUGAGAAAUUCAUGAAGUUUAACUGAGUUUUUGAAAUAUUCUUGUUUAAUGACUGGUUUUUUGUGAUGCCAUGCAAGUUUUAUUUUUGUUUAAUCUAUAAGAGUCAUAUAAAAUAUGGACAUAUACAUGAUACAUAAUAAAUGUAUAUCAUUUAAAUAGAAAUUGUGUUUGUACACUCCCAUCAUCAUGUUUUUUAUAUUCAAAUAGUUUUAAUUCUAAUUUUUU